CAUGAAUUACGAUUCUUUAAUAUUAUUAUUAUUUCUUUUUUUUACAACGUACAUAAUAUUUCAUCAAAUUUCAAAUUUUAAUCGCGGAAGCAAUAAGAGCGAUUUCCCCAUUCCAGGAUGCGAGAUCGUCGUCGCUAUGGCCAUCGUUUACAUCAUCGCGCUGCUGCCAGAUCACAAAUCCAACUCGCCCAAGGCUAAUGCGCACAACACAGAAAACAACAACAACCAAUGCAUAAAUAACAACAGUAAUUCACACAACAGAGAUAACAACAACACCCAAAGCAUGAAUAACAACACUAAUUACGAAGCCAUUAGCGAUACUAUUUUGAAUCCAUCUACUUCUUGUUCUUCUUGUUCUUGUUCAUUUUGUUCUUGUUCUUGUUCUUCCUGUUCUUCUUGUUCUUCCUGUUCACCCCGGUUUGUCGUCGGAUUCAAGGUCUUCGUCAGAGGGCUUAGCGAUGCCUUCAGUGCCACCUUCAGGAGACGCGCCGCUGGAGUGAGAUUGGCGAUCGUGGCUCUGCUGUUAGCGGAUUUUUUCAUUGCAAUUGUCUUUGCUGCUGAAUUCGACCUCCUCUACCUCUACAUGCAAGACCGCUUCGGCCUCACGCUGCCCGAGUACUCACGCUACCUCGGCAUCAAGAAUGUCGUGAACGGAAUCUCUCUCCUCUUCAUCUUACCUUCCAUGAGGCGGUUCUUCGGCCUGAGUGACGUCACGCUGGGUAUUCUUGGCGGGUUGUCGAGGGUGGCCGCUUUCCUCCUGCUGGGGGCGACGUCCUCGGGGAGACUCGUGUAUUUGGUGCCAUUCCUCGACAUCUUCGGACAGUAUUUGUUUGUUGUUUUAAGGUCCGUCAUUUCUUCUCUUGUUGACAAAGAGGAACAAGGUCGUGUCAUGACGAUCGUAUCGGCAAUGGCUCAGCUGUCUUUGUUAAUGGGGUCGCUGAUCUUUGACAUGCUCUAUCCUAUCUUUGUCUCCCUCAAUCAUCCUGGAGCGACCUUCCUCUUGGCUGCGGGUUGCCUGGGAACUUCCACAGUUAUUCUUGGAUAUGUGAACUGGCAUCUCAAGAGAGUAAAGAACUGUGAAGAACUUCGACCUCUAAUUCAACCAGUGGAGUAGAAAAUAAUAGUGUAAAUUAAAAUCUGUGUGUAAAAAAUUGUGAGAGAAAGAAAUAGUUGUUUCUUCAAUGUUGAAAAGUGAUGUAUAAGUCCAGAGAGAAAGAAAGAAAUCUUGAAGGAGAAAAUUAUGUAUAAAUCCAGAGAGAAAGAAAGAAAUCUUCUUGAAAGAGAAAAUUAUGUAUAAAUCCAGAGAGAACAAACACUUGAUUUUCGAUGUUGAAAUGUGAUGUCUAAAUCCAGAGAGAAAGAAAUUCUCUGAUGUUGAAAAAUGAUGUAUUAAUCCAGAGACAAAGAAAUGGUUGAUUUUUUAUGUUUAAAAAUUACUAUGUUAAUGUUACCUAAAUUUUGUUUGUCUUAUUUCUUCAUACCACCUGCUUUCAGCAUUCCCUUUCAGUGAAUUGUAUAUUUAUAUUGUUGACUGUGUAAGUUGUAAAUAUACCUUACUUUAAUAUGAUUUUAUAUUAAAUAUUUUUUUUUC